UUCCUCGUUGUGAUUUUGAUGAUUUCCCUUCUGGGGAAUAGAUAAUGAAUGGUGGUGUGAAAGCACAGCCUCUUGUUGAAUUGAAAAGGCAGCAAUGGGCUAAGGAAAGGGAGGAAUUGGCUCGAAUGAACGAAAUGUUCUCCUCUCAUCAUCAUCAAUCUUCGUCGUCUUCUCAUCGAUUUGAGCGUACAUCAAUACGCACCUAUUACUCCAACCUGGAUCUCAGUCAAUCGAAUGGAAGCAAUCGACAAAUGAAUACCGUCGGAAAUAGCAACAAUAAUCUACUCCAUCGAGGUAACAGCUAUGACUUGCUAAAUGACGGCGAUGCCACAUACACAGUCCAUAGAAAUCCCCAAACGACCAACCAUCAAAGUCGAUAUUCAAAUGGGUUGGUAAAUGGAGGGUUACAAAAGGCAGCCAAACAACAACGAAUAAGGAGUCCUAGUUUACCAGCCAUUCGUCAUAGGGACUAUGCCUUGGCAAUGCGCCGAAAUAACAACCAAAAUAAUAUUCAAAGUCGACUAAACAAUAAUCCUGGUUGCCAGGAAGAAGACACUUCAGGGUACCUAAGUGAUUCUCCGAAAAAUACCCAUACUCCGGAUAUUUGGUACAACAACAACGAUGACGACCAUGACGAUGGCGGUGGCAAUGUCGAAACGGGAAGUAAUCGAUCCAGACAAAAUAAACGGGGUUACUAUCAGCAGCCAUCAUCAAAUAACGGGAAUAGCUACCAUGGUAAUAAUAAUAAUAAUAAGGGAUAUCUCGUUAGAAGUGAAAAAAUUCAAGAAAAUGUGAACAACGCCCUUGAGGCAAGCCAUAGUCUGGACAAUAACGGGGGCUAUCAGCCAAAUUAUUACAUUCCGCCAACGAGUCCUUCCAAUGCUAGCCGAGAUAUCUCCACUUCGAACACUUAUCCGGUUUAUCCGACAGAACCGUUGGAUUAUUACCCGAAGACACGCGAAGAACGUGCGAAAUGGGGCAACUACAAAUACAACAUGGCUGACAGUGGGAGUACUGCAAGUGGUCCAGGAUGGUUAAGUCGGGGCCUGCAUGAUUUGAAAGAUAGUGAAGACGAUACUCAUUCGGUGCAGUCACAUAUUCGGGGGCAAAAUGUCCCUUUAGAUCCUUUGGUUCUUGCUGAACGAAUGGAUAAACGUAGGAAGGCUGUAGAAUACCACAACGCCAUUAAACAACAGCUUCAAGAGCGUGAACGUAUACGACAAUGGGAAAUGGAUAGACACAUGCAAGAAGAACGAAUUGAAGAAGAGCGUUUGGCACGUCAGCGACAAGCAGAAAAAGAUCGUUUGGAGUACGAACGGAGAAUGCAAAUGGAGAAGGAGGAAGCGCAAAAGAAGAAACAGCAGAUUAUGUUGGAUGCGAUUACGAAGGCAGAAGUUGCAGCAAAGUUGGAGAAACAGCGGAAGAGAAGACAUAAAAUUCCACCACUCGAGGCUGCCAAUAAUGGAAGCAGUAGCAGUAGCAUGGGUUACAGUAGCCCAAGGCUCAGUAAUGGAAUAAAACCCUUGGACAUCGAGUCAGGAACGAGUGGAUGUAAUAUGAUGGUUGUGCAGCAUCAUCCGCCUGAAAAUAAGGCAGUAGACCAGUAUCAGAGACCUCCGAUACCAAAUCGUGAACCAGAAAUUCUGCAAGUGCUUCCAAUUGAAGACGAUGAAGAAAUCAUUGAUCAAACCCAUCAAAUAGAAGUAGAGGCUGACGAGCCAAGUCAGGAUGCACCACCACCUUUAACAGUGAUUUCAACGAAGGUCCAAACAGCUCCCAUUCCAAGCACUUCUCCGAUCAAAGUCAAGGAAGAACCGAAAACAAGGAAUAUCGAAAAAGAACCUCCCAAAGAAAUCGAAGAAGAUGAUCAGGAAGAGGAGAAAAUCCUAAUUGGGACCCCAGUGAACUUACGGAAGAACUACAAAAAACCAUCUGCUAGGAAAACUCAUCAGGAAACACCGCUUCAAGAAACAGAAAAUGUUGCCGUGAUGCUUCAGCCAACCACUUUGAUUCCACUGCCAGUGACCACUGAUGUCUUUGGUCUCCAGAAUGUCAUAGGGAACCUUCAAAUAGCCACCUACAUCAUGCAACAUCAACUAAAAGUUCCCCCUCAAGCAUUAGAUCUAGCAAGUUCGAAAAUGUCCUGCGAUGAUGCAACUACUCAACGUUCCGAAAUUUCCACUGAAAGUAAAAUGAGUAUGGCAGAUGAGGGCCCAUGUAACAUGUGUGGCAAAUGUCAUGGUUUGGGGUCUCACAGACAUAGGCUUGAUACCGAUGCUUCCCCACAAGACUCCCUCGAAAUAGAUCAGCCACAGCCAGUGGAGGAGGUCUUACCAGUUGCAGAGGUUAACCCUUCAGGUCAAGAAGUUGCUCUUAUGACUGUCAAGCCUCCAUUAAGCCCCGAAGAACCCCACAGAAUGGACGGUUUCAGAGAUGUUGAGACACAAACUGAACUUCCACUAAAUUGUGACUUGUGCCUCUUCCAUGACAAUUUCUAUAAAGUUCUGCUUAAACGAGAAGUCUCCACUACAACAACUACCCAGACUUCAAAAACCUCCAAAACAAAGCCAUCUCACGUCGAAAGCCCCGUGGCUUCAGAAAAAGAUCAUGAAACAACUACAACGACCACAACAACAACUACAACUACAUUUCGAGCUAAAGCCAAGGACAAAGAAAAAGAUAAAGACAAAAAGCGAAAGGACAAAAUGGACGAUCGACCGAAAUGGGGAGUUAACCGUCCCGUUGUUCAAUAUGUAAAAGCUAGCGAUCGAGAUCCAUUUUGUUUGCGUAACAAAAAACGUAACACCUCGAAACCAAGUCGUAGUCAAUCGGUUGAUUCACGUUUAGACGUCGAAGAGGGGUUCCUUUUGAAAGCUCGAAAUGUCUGUACCGAAAUACUGCCAAUCAAGACCGAUGAAAAAGGUAGAAUAUUUUUGAACUUCCGUGAAGCUAGCGCCAUUAUGAAUGAAGACGAAAUCAAAGAUAAACUUAGGCAGAAGUAUUUUAGUUUUGGUAGGAUUUUACCAAGACGAAAUUGGGCUUCGGCAACAAAUCAUGACUUGAGUUUGAUGCAUCCAAGUGUUGAUUUAGAAAUGGUUGGUAAUUGCUGAUGAAAUUGGAAGUCUUCUCGAGAACU